AUGGCGGACGAGGUGUCAGAGGAUGUUCUUGCUCAAAGCGAAAGAAGGUCGCAAGUGACUGGAGGUAUAAUUUCACCUGUUAACAAUAACCAUGGAAAGCAGGGAUUGGUCUCAGUGAGGCAUCGGAUAGAAAUGUCUCUUGCACUAGAGCCAUCAGAGUGGAUCUUUGGGAAAGUGAAUCCUUGGAAGGAAGAGAAAGUGCAUUAUUCUGCCUCUUUAUUUUAACUGAGGCACCAUUACAGAGAAUUGGUUAAAUCAUCUAUCAGGAAACUGCCUGGGGAAAACAAUGGACCCAUAGAAAAGGCUGCUGGGGCAUCACUGGCUUCAUCACUUACAGUUUUCCCAGAGCUAAAAUAACUUUAUGGAGCUGAUGUUCUGAAGACAUUUCAAAUACCUAACCAGUAGAAGGAAGAACACGUUCAAGAAUUAGUGGCCAAGUUUGGGCUGAUUUGCGUUAUUCAUGCUGGCAAUGAUCCUUCUCGGUACAUUUAUGAAUCAGAGCUUUUAAGCAGAUACCAAUACAAUACUCACUUGGUUAAAGAGUGGGUUCCAAAUAAAAUCAGUGGCAUAGAUGUAAGGUGUGCCAUGUGCAAAGGACAAAGUAUGAAAUACCUGAUUCCUGACCCUGUUAUUUCAUACAUUAAGGAAUACAGUGUAUAUACAGAAGACAGUGAUUGAGAUAAUGAAGGGAACAUACUAUGGCCUCAACAAUGCAGAGCUGUGACCAGCCUGCUCAACAAAUAA